UAGUUACAGCAACGUCUCCACUGAUGGUAAGAGUCCUGAGAGUAGGAAAAUAAGAGAGCGAGAGAGAGCGAGAGAGCGAGACCGAGAAGGGAUUAAUCUCAAACAGUAAUGCAGAAUGAAACUGUUCACAGAGAAAAUUAAAAAUGGCUCGACAUGAUUUCUGCUUUUCUCAGGUGGCAAACUUCUCUCAGCUCUGCGCGUCUGGGAGCUGUGCUGUCAGCAGUGAGCACCAGCUGGUGGUGCAUCAGGUCCCCAGUCAGUCUGCUGUGCGCUCAGAGCAGAAGCUCAGAUCAGCCCGAGUGGAGCAGGACACUCAGUCGCCACUGUGGGUGACCAUUAAGACUCUUGUUUUGUUAGUGGCGAGGAUUCUCGCACUUUCACUUCGACAUGUGGCCGAGCGCAGGACGAGGCGAUGAAUAAUACAACCGGCUUGGCGCUGGUAGGAGCUGGGAGCCGGGAAGGGUUACCGGCGCACCGCGUCUUGACGGGCUGUGUUCUGGCGCUGCUCAUCAUUUGGACACUUUUAGGUAACUUCACGGUGUGCGCGGCCGUUUAUCGCUAUCGCCACCUGCGCGCAAAAGUAACCAACGUCUUCAUCGUGUCGUUGGCUCUGUCGGACCUCCUGGUGGCCGUGCUGGUGAUGCCGUGGAAAGCGGUGGCCGAAGUGGCCGGUUUCUGGCCGUUCGGGGGCUUCUGUAAAACCUGGCUGGCCUGCGACAUCAUGUGUUCAACGGCCUCCAUCCUAAACCUGUGCGUCAUUAGUGUGGACCGAUACUGGGCCAUCUCCAACCCGUUUCGCUAUGAGAGGAGUAUGAAUAGGAGGGUGGCAUCCGUCAUCAUCGGUGUGACCUGGACAGUUUCUGUGGUCAUCUCCUUCGUUCCUGUGCAGCUAAACUGGCACCGGGCGGAGAUCGGUGACCCAACCGGGGAGAAUCUGGCGCACUACGGUAAUCGUAUUGACGAUGGCAGCUGUGACUCAAGCCUCAGCCGCACAUAUGCCAUCUCCUCCUCCCUCAUCAGCUUCUACAUCCCGGUCGCGAUCAUGAUUGUGACAUACACACGCAUCUACCGGAUAGCCCAAAUGCAGAUCCGCAUGAUAUCCUCCUUGGAGCGGGCUGCCGAGCACGCGCAGAGUUGCCGCUCGGACGUUCCGGAACUGAUUUCGCACCUGUGCACAGAAAUGAGCACCCGCUCGUCUCAGUCUCACAUCAGUCUACAUCCGGACUGCCAGCCCUCUAAUCAGUCACACUGCGAGCUCAAAGUCUCCAUCAGAAAAGAGACAAAAGUGCUCAAAACUCUGAGCAUCAUAAUGGGCGUGUUCGUCUGCUGCUGGCUGCCUUUCUUUAUCCUCAACUGCGCUCUGCCUUUCUGUCCCGGACCAGCUGCUCCAGCGGCCCAACGCGGCCCUUACUGCGUUAGCGAAAAAACUUUUGAUGUCUUUGUGUGGAUCGGCUGGAGCAAUUCGUCUCUAAACCCGGUCAUAUAUGCGUUCAACGCGGACUUCAGAGACGCUUUCCUGCGCCUGUUGCGCUGCCGGGGACGCGGCUUUUUGGCCGCGGUGAGUGCCGCGGUGGAGACGGUAAUGGCGAGUAACCAGGCGGGAAACUCCAAGCGAGAAAGCCCGAAGAAGGUGAGGCUGGACGUCUCCUGCGCGACGAACACGAGGGGAAGUGAGGACAGCGGGAACACUACGGUGACUGUGUUUUAUCACAGAGGGACGAGGUCGGAACAAGUGACGGACACCGAGGACAGGAGCAACAGAGACAAGCUGACGCACAUUCCCAUCUGAGCGGGAUCAUUUCAGGGGUCGAGGGUACCCGAAAACAGCUUCAUUAUUACCAAGACAGCUCCUUCAAG